AUGUUUAAACUGUCGCCUCUGGGUGUUGACAUCAAUGUCCACUCAUAUCUAUCUAUCUAUCUAUCUAUCUAUCUAUCUAUCUAUCUAAAUAUUUUUUAUCUAUCUAUCUAUAUCUAUCUAUCUAUCUAUCUAUCUAUCUAUCUAUCUGUCGUUGCGUUAUCUCUGUAUCUAUCAGAUUGUAUUGGUCUGUUUUUCUCUGCCUGUCUGUCUGUCUGUCUCUAUGUUUCGUUAAAUUUUCAAUCAUUCUUGCUUUUUGCCGCUCCUCUUUUUUCUCUUCAUUUUUCUCCUUUCUCUCUUCAAAUUCCUCUUCUUUCUCUCCUCAUAUUUCCUCUCCCUUUUUGGUUUUCAUAUUCCUCUCCUUUUCUCUCAUCAUAUUCCUCUCCCUUUCUCUCUUCACAUUCCUCUCCCUUUCUCUCUUCACAUUCAUCUAGCUUUCUCUUCAUAUUCCUCUCCCUUUCUCUCAUCAUCUUCAUCUACCCUUCUCUCUUCAUAUACCUCUCUCUUUCUCUCUUCAUAUUCCUCUCCCUUUGUCUUUUCAUAAUUCCUCGACCUUUUUCUCUUCAUAUUCCUCUCCCUUUCUCUCUUCAUAAUCCUCUCCCUUUGUCGUUUCAUAUUCCACUCCCUUUCUCUCUUCAUAUUCCUCUCCCUUUCUCUCUUCAUAUUCCUCUUCCUUUCCCUCUUCUCAUCUCCCUCUCAGCGUCGCUGUUGAGCUUAAUAUCAUAA